CUGUGACCUAAGCUGCUAAUAGCUUAGCUUUGCUUGCUAACUACGUUUCCCUCCUUCGACACAAGUUAGCCAAAUGCCUGAAACCUGAAACCGAGUAAACGGCGUACUUUAGCUCUGGGCAAACAGUUCUAUGAAACAUCCACCGUCGGAAGAGACCGAGAGAAGCACUUACGAACCUCGCUGAGAGCAGCGACUGCAGCAUAUACGACAUAUGCAGGGUCUAUAGCAGCACAAGAUGUUCAACAAGUCAUUUGGUGCUCCCUUUGGGGGAGGAACAGGAGGAUUUGGGACUUCAUCCACGUUUGGACAGCAAAACACUGGGUUUGGAACAACAGGUGGCUUUGGCUCCUCUGCUUUUGGGACCACAAACAACACAGGAGGUCUCUUUGGGGCAACUCAGAACAAACCUGGUGGACUGUUUGGAUCCAGCACCUUCAGUCAACCUGUCACUUCCUCUACCAGCAGUGGGUUUGGGUUUGGUGCUGCCAGUGGCACCUCCAACAGUCUUUUUGGAAGCACCAAUACUGGAGGUGGAGGACUCUUCUCCCAGCAGGGCAAUGCAUUUGGUGCCAAUAAACCGGCCUCUUUUGGCACUUUUGGCACCAGUACCAGUAGUGGCGGGCUGUUUGGGACAACCAGCACCACUUCCAAUCCAUUUGGAGGCACUUCAGGGUCCCUGUUUGGUUCGUCAGGUUUCACUGCCACGCCUGGCACAACAAUCAAAUUUAAUCCACCAACUGGAAGUGACACAAUGGUCAAGAGCGGUGUGACAACCAGCAUUAACACCAAACACCAGUGCAUCACAGCCAUGAAGGAGUACGAAAACAAAUCCUUAGAGGAGCUGAGGUUGGAGGACUAUCAGGCAGGCAGGAAGGGGCCCUCAAACCCAAUGGCAGCCAACACAGGUGGUCUGUUUGGGACUACAGGGGCAGCUACUCCCAGCACUGCUGCUGGACUCUUUGGUUCCUCAGCUACUAAUACAGGCUUCAGCUUUGGCCAGAAUAAGACCUCUUUUGGCACCAGUACAAGUGGCUUUGGUGCAACCACAAGCAGUUUAUUUAGCCAGCCACAACCUGCUAAUAGUCUCUUCAAGCCCUUCGGCCAGGCCACCACAGCCCAGAACACUGGCUUUUCUUUCGGAAACACCAACACCAUGCAGGGCCUGUUUGGAAGUACGGCUGCCACUCAGACCGGUGGGCUGUUUGGGAACACUGCAAACACCAGUACGGCCACAGGCUUUGGCACAGGCACAGGCCUCUUUGGGCAGAACAACACUGCCUUUGGGAAUAACUUGUUUGGAAACAAGCCUGCUGGUUUUGGCACAACCACCACCAGCGCACCCUCCUUUGGUACAGGUACUGGCCUAUUUGGCAACAAGCCCGCCCUCACUCUGGGAACUAACACAAACACCUCCAACUUUGGAUUUGGGGCCAAUCCUGCUGGAGGGAGUCUGUUUGGAAAUAAAACCGCCACGGGUGGCCUAGGGACAGGUCUAGGAACAAGUUUUGGAGCAGGUGUAGGCACAGGACAAACAUCUCUGUUUGGAAACAACCAGAACAAGAUGGGUUCAACUCUGGGCACUGUAGGGACAUUUGGAGCUACUGGAUUCAAUACAGGAACCAGUGCAUUGAACUUUGGAGCGCCACAGCAACCUGUUGCCCUGACUGACCCCAAUGCUGCAGCAGCCCAGCAGGUGGUGCUACAGCAGCAGAUUAAUGCCCUGGCUUACGCACCUUUUGGAGACUCACCCCUUUUCAGAAACCCUCUUUCUGACCCUAAGAAGAAGGAGGAGCGUUUGAAGCCUACAAAUCCAGCUGCCCAGAAAGCCCUGACAACCCCCACUCACUACAAGCUGACUCCUCGUCCUGCAACACGUGUGCGACCCAAGGCCCUCACCUCCUCAGGCUCUGCCAAAUCUCAGCUCUUUGAUGGGCUAGAUGAUGAUGAGCCUUCUCUAACCAAUGGAGCCUUUAUGCCCAGGAAGAGCAUAAAGAAGCUUGUGCUGAAGAACCUGAAUGGCAGCAGUCUGUACAGCAGUCCACUGAACAGAGAGGCUGAUGACUUGGCCUCUCCUUCAGAGUACCCACAGAAUGGACUCGGUUUGAGAUCCGAUGUGGAGGAGACCAGAGAUGAAGAAAUAGAGAGGGGAGCAGAGGAUGAUCUGGAAGUGUCCAAAUUUUACACAAAUCCCAUUGCAAAGCCCAUCCCACACUCGCAGCCCAGUCCCUCACUGCAGGAUACUAUUACUGAGCUGAACAUGCGGAGAGGUGUCAGUGCUCGCAAUGGAUUGGAGCUCAGCAGUGAGGAAAUCUCUUUGGGAGAGGACUCAGUUCAGGAGGAGAGAGAUGAAGAACUGGAAGCCCAGAGACCUCCUCACCCAGCUGGUAUUGUUCUGAGCCGAGUGGGCUACUAUACAAUUCCAUCCAUGGAAGAACUUGGAAAGAUGCUGAAUGAGAAUGGUGACUGUAUUGUGGAGAACUUCACUGUUGGCAGAAAAGGUUAUGGGUCAGUUUUUUUCCCUGGUGAAGUCAAUCUGACAAACAUGAAUCUUGAUGAAAUUGUGCACUUCAGACGGAAGGAGGUAAUUGUCUACCCUGAUGACAAAGACAAACCUCCUGUGGGAGAAGGACUCAACAGACGUGCAGAAGUAACCCUUGAUGGUGUUUGGCCCAAUGACAAAACCACCUGCACACAAAUCAAGAGUCCUGAGCGUCUCAGUGAAAUGAACUAUGAGGGACGGUUGGAGAAUGCCUCCCGCAAGCAGGGUGCUCGCUUCCUGGAGUAUCGGCCAGAGACUGGCUCCUGGGUAUUUGAGGUGGCCCACUUCUCUAAAUACGGCCUGCAGGAUUCGGAUGAGGAAGAGGAGGUCCCCCCAGCCAAGACUGACCCAAAGAAAAUGAAAACGACCACUCAGCAACAACUUCCACCAACCCAGCAGCAGAUGGCACCCCAGGCUCAGAGCACGGCAUUGUUGGAGCUUCUCAGUCGUGUGUCGGAGCUGGACAGUGACAUGGCCGACAUUACCCAGGAACAACAUGCAGAUGGAGUUUUGUGUGAGGAGGAUGAAGGUACUCUAGAGGAGGAUGCUAAGAUGGCACUAAGAGCAGAAACCCCUGCUGAGCAUGAGCCUGUCUCUUCCUCCAGCCAGAUCGCCUCUUCACUAGGAAUCAACCCUCACACCCUUCAGAUUAUGAAAGCAUCGCUCUUUGCUGGGGAUGAUGAGUGUGACCCGUUUCAUGAGCAACUCCCUCAGAAACUCUUGGAGGAGGUUCCGUCUCCCAGGGUUUUACUUGGUAAAGCCCAGGGUGGUCUGUCAGUGGGCAGCCUUCUGCAAACCAAAUUCUUGUCAGGUGGAGGGCUCCUUGCCCAUCUGCCAGAUGUUCCUUUUGGAGGGUUCCCUCAGAAGCUCAGUAAGCCAGCAGUCUCAGAUGUACCAUGGCCCUCGUUGGGCCCCUCUUUCCUUUUGCCACCUCCAGUACCAGAAGUCACCCUACGUACAGUGGGUGCUCGCAGGCUGGAGGGCCCUGUGUCUUCGAAGAACUCAAUUACUCUGGGGAAAGGGAGCCUGCUGAUUGAUUCAGCACUGUACAUGGGUCGUUCCUUCAGGGUAGGUUGGGGGCCAAACUGGACACUGGUACACUGUGGAGAGCCACUCAGCACAGCGCAAGAGUCAAAGGAACAGGCCACAGACACCAUGGGAUUCGGCUUCUUGCCCAAACCUACCAAGUCCAGGCAGAUCACUGAAAGCCCCUUUAAAGUACAUGUAGAGCAAGUGCUGGGCAUGGAGCCCAAGAAGACAACAGAGAGCUUAGUUGUCUCUCACCGGCCACUGGAAAUUGGGCUCAAACACAGCACUAUCAGCACUGAAGAUGCUUGCCCCUUCAUCCAGCCUGAAAAAGGAGUGGAAGCACUGCAUGAAUAUGCUCAGUGGAUUGUGGAGGUCAACAAAGAGACAGGAGAUGCUGUUCUGGGCCACUGGCAGCAGGUGUGGACCCUGUGUGCAGCUUUAUGGGGCAGGCUGGGAGAUCAGGACUUGGAGGCUGAGCAUAGCGGGAAUUACCAAGAGCAACUGGCUCGCAGGCGGAGUUUCUCUCGCUGGCUAGCCGAAAGUGCGGCCCAGCGAAUCCAGGAAGAAGUGGGCCAAGCUCAGCCGCACAGCCAUGUGGAAGCCAUCUUCAGCUAUCUGACGGGACACUGCAUAAGUGAGGCCUGCAGACUGGCUCAGAAAAGCGGAGACCAUCGUCUAUCUCUACUGGUGUCCCAAGCAGUGGGCUCUCAAUUCAGCAGAGAUCUCUUGGCUCUGCAGCUGGCAGACUGGAAUAGAAUGCAGACAGACUCCUUCAUUCAGGAGGAGAGGCUCCGAAUUUUUGCCUUACUAGCAGGCAAACCUGUGUGGGAGUCGACAGACUGCUGUAUAAAUGUGUGUUCUGAGCUGGACUGGAAGCGUUGUGUGGCUGUGCACCUGUGGUACAUGCUGCCUCCCACUGCCUCUGUAGCAGAUUCUCUUGCCAAAUACGAGGCUGCUUUCCAGGGUCUGGAGGAUGGGAGGAAGUAUGCUUGUGCACCUUUCCCUCCAUAUGUGGAUGACAUAGAAUUGCUCGGUCUGUAUGAGGAGAUGGUGGACACAGAAUCUAAGAAAUCGCUCUAUGACAUCUGCUUCCACCUUCUCAAACUCUAUAGUGACAAGCACUACAGCCUACAGCAGCUACUGGAUCCCAGCACUGUGACUGCAGAUCAGCUGGACUACAGGCUGAGCUGGCACCUGUGGAACGUGCUGCAGGCUCUAAACUACACCCACCUCUCACUGUCACGUCAGGGCCUCCUGCACGCCAGCUAUGCUGCUCAGCUUGAGAGUGCAGGCCUCUGGGAGAUGGCUGUUUUCGUUUUGCUGCAUAUCCCUGACUCUGCACUUCGAGAGCGUGCGGUGCGAGAGAUGUUGAACCAGCACUGCCCCCUUGAGGAGACUGAGGAUUCUGCAGAAAAGGAGCGUUUCCUUACAGACAAGCUGCUGAUCCCCAUACAUUGGAUCCACGAAGCCAAGGCGAUCCGUGCCUGCAGGGAUGGAGAUAAACACGGAGAAGCGCUGCACCUUUACAAGGCUGGCCACUGGAAUCAUUGCCAUCGACUUGUCAUCCAGAACCUGGCCUCAGACUGCAUCAUUAAUGAUAAUCAUGAUUACCUGAUGGAGUUCCUGGAAGGUUUGGCAGUGCCUGAGCGCAGCGUUCAGAUCCAAGACUGGGACACGUCAGGCCGGGUCUACCUGGACUACAUCCGUGUUAUUCAGACGCUCCAAGCCAUUCAGCGGAUGGAGAGUCCAGGAUAUGAGCUGGAGCGUCUACACACAGAAGUAACAUCUCUGUGCAGCAGGAUUGAACUGCUCCCCUGCUCUAAAGCCAAAGACAGACUUGCUCAGUCAGAAAUGGCCAAACGUGUGGCUAACAUCCUGCGUGUGGUGCUAAGCCUUCAGCAGGGUGGCGAGGGCACUCCAGACCCCCGUCACAUUCCCUUGUGCCACUUGGCCCCCCACAUCGGGCGCCUGCCCAUGCCUGAGGACUAUGCUCUAGAAGAACUUCGCAGCCUCACCCAGUCCUACCUACGGGAGUACAUUGUUAGUCACUGAGAAUCGGAACAACAUCUGGAACUGCAGGGCUUUCUUAACUCCUGAGCAGUCGCCAUUGGUGACCAUCUUCAGACUUCAAGUGCUCUGGGUUCAGCUCUUUCAGACUUGUGGAGUCCUAUUGGCCCAUAAACACAGACACAAAUCUGGAUAAGUCAUUCCUGCGUGUGUUUGGUUUCUUGUAUGCUUAGAUAUGUGCGCCUGUGUUUGAUAAAGUAUAUUUUGAAGAGUCUUCUUGAUAAACCUCUUCGGCCAUUGAUCUGUAAAUGGAUAAUUCCCUUUGAAGGGGGUCCUCACCAGCUUUUAGAUGAUGUCAAUUGCAAGUUGAGAAUCACAAUACUACAUAAAACAUCCCAUUUGAAUUCAAAAGAUCAAUAGUGUUUUGGUAGGUUACGUUUUAUUGUCUGAGCUCAUGAUGGUGCAUAAACCACGGAGACAUUUAGCUGUUUUUCCUUUGAGGAUGAGUAUGCGUAGAGUUUACUGACUUGUAAUGCGACAUUAAUGUAGAUGUGGGUUUUAGUCCCUUCUUUGAGUCUUUAAAUAUUUUUGUCAGUAUAAUACAAAAGAGUGAGGACAUGUUGGUAAAAUGUUUGCAAUUUGGAAUGAGUGCUGGUCUUUUUAAGGGUGAAGAUGAGGAGAUGAGAUGGGGGUUCAGCUUCAUCUAAUGAAUUUCCUCGGUUUGCACCAGUGGUGACGCAGUAAAAAUGUAAAUUGGUCAUGAAUAUCUCUAUUUUUGUAAGGUUUUGUACAUAUGCCAGUCAGCAAAACCGCAUUCUUAAAAGGUUUUCAAGAGUGUAACAAACACAAAUAAGUGAAUAGUGCUCCAACGAAGCAGGUGAUUCUAAUGCUGUGUGUUACUUUGAGGAUGCUGAGAGAACUUAAUAUAUGGCUGCCGUUUUUUUUGCUUAUGCACACAUUAUAUAUGUGUUUAUUAUAAUUACAUCACAGCUGUAUUCUCCUUCCUUGCUUCUUUUUUUUUUUUUUUUUUUUUUAAUAAACGUCACGUUAAGUGCUUAAGUUCUUCAGAUCGGUCCUGUAGUAAUGUGCUGUUUCCCUUCAAAUGUAUGUUUUGAACUCUGUUGAAGCCUCUGUUCCUUCAAGGUCUGGAUGUGUGUGUUGCGGUCUGCGUUUGUUGCUGUGCAUGGUCGUGCAGAUGAUUUCCUUUUUUUUUUUUUUUUUUUUUUAAA